CCCUGUUCGCGCGCUUUUAGUCCCAACGUCUGACUUCUCCCCAUCGUCCUUCUCCUCCCAUGAUCCCACCCUUCCUUCCUGUCGCUCACUGACUGUCGGUCUGCCCGCUGUGCCCUCUCGCCUUCUGGGAGCUCUUCCUCCCAUGACAUGCCAUGCCGACCAAUUCCACACAUCCAUCCAUGAGCAUACUUUGCAUUCCUUGCCAUGCAUAGUUUGUCAUCUUCCUGGCCGUCACUCUCCCGUGAUCUACGUUCGCCUCCAGAUCGCUUCGGGUGGGCGUUCGAGAUUGGCUCGCGGCAGCUGACACUCUCCUACACUUGACCGAGUGGACUGGUCCUAAUCGGAGCCUUGGUUGAUUAGUCUCUCCAAUUUCAAAUUUGGUCCUUUGCUCUUUCCUCGAGGCACACCAAGGACGUACUCGUUUACGAAAUUGCGGGGGUAUCGUCACACAUGUGCCGCUCUGGACACGAAGUCGAGAUUGGGACACGGUGUUUACUACAAGUGGGAGUCGAGUGCUCGACCUCGCUGGGGAGCUGAGGAUUCUCUACCAUUUGAAGUGUCACGACUGCGAAGAGUUAGUUCAUCGCCGCAGCAAAUUUCUCUGCUGGUCGCGAAGGUGUUUUUUGACGUCGACCAGUGCUUUCACGAUCGAAGCGAAGGUCAAGCAGCUUGGCCGAGGGCAACACCUUUUGAAAGAGGUGAUUCUGCGGAAUAGUUGGACACACUGCAUCGAUCAGUGGAGCUAGCUUCCAUGCCUCCUCUUCGAAAAAAGGGGCGAGGAGGAGGAGGGGGGAAGACUGAGGCCCCUCUUCCUGGUCAGGUGCCCGGGGUGUCACCCUCCGUUUCAGCUAGUCUUGCAAGGAAAGAGAGGGAGAAGCCGAGGAGUGCAUCCACGCAUGGAGGUUUAGAAAAUCUCGGUGUUUUUGUAUCGAGAAGUUUUCAAAAGGAAAGAAGUGAGAAAAAACUGUUGGAGUCCUCCCGAACGUCAUUGCAUUUGACAGCAGGUUUCUCUCAAAGAUCAUUGAGAGUGGCUUCGCGCAAAGCGGAGCCCAUUUCUAUGGACAGUACUCCAAGACUGUCUGAUACGAACGCCAAACGGGAGGACCGAGAUAAAAGAUUCGUAGAUGCUGCUGCCGUUCAGAGGAGGUCACUGUCUUCCGGCUACAAAAGCGCUUGCCGAGGCAGAGACGAGCCUGCGGUUUGUCGAACAUCGUGCCGGGAGCUGGGAGACGACAAAAUUCUGUAUAGGAGAUCUCUCAGGGCAGGAGGAGAAGAAAAGCUCGUGCGAAGGAUAUCUCGGAGGGACGACAAAACUAUCGAGUAUUCGACGAGGUACAAUAACUUCUAUCCUGGUAUUUCGGGAGGGAAGGAGGUAAGGGAGUCCAAAUCGGUUGAUGGCGGGUCUUUGAAAUCGUGCACAGUCGGGACCUCGUCGCAGCGGUUGGAUAGGGUCGAGGAUGUGAAUGCAUUGAGGGCGUCACCUAGUUCGCCUGCUCUGGUAAGGAAAUCUCCUCGCCACUCCGAUCUAGUGAAUGUUAGCUCGCCCAUCGUCAAUCUCCCUGUGAAGUCGAGCUGCAAAUGUGGUGCGUUUCGCAGCUCGGAUGCCGGAAGCUCUCCAAGUGUUCAGCAACACCAGCAGGACAAACUUGGCAUUAUUGGUGUGGGGAAGCAAAGUGGGGCCUCUCCCAUUUUGAUGUCUACAAGCACAGAAAUCGUCCGGAGCGAGGGAAGGGAAAGACGGUCCCGUGAACUGAGUGACAGUGGUGUAGCAACUCCCACGCUGGUUCCCGUUCAUCAGUCGAGAUCAUCUAAUGGUAGCCGGUCUAGCACCCCCAAUCUUCUACAGGGUCGUCUGGCUCUUCUCGAGGGAAGAGUCAGUCAGAUUGCCGCAGAGCUGAAGGCGACUAAGGACCUGCUCGACGCUAACAACCCAGCAUGCUCGAAAGCCGUUCUCACUGACAUACAGACGAAGAUCCAUGGUAUCGAGAAGGCGAUCAACUACAGGCUUGCCAAAGAGUGUGGCCUGGUUGACCAGCUAGAGGCUCAGGAACUCAAAGGCCACUAUAUUGUGGCGAAUGACGUCCCCGGAAGACUUCCACCAACAUUAGAAGGAAAGAGCAAAAUGUUGGGCAGAGGAAGCAAAUCGUUAUCCAACAGCGAUUUGGUCGUUCAUAGUCAAGGCAUGUUUGGUAAAGCAUCCAAGAGUGUCCACAAUGGUAGAAUCGUGGCAGUCAACGGAAGUGUCCCUUAUGAGGGCACUACAUCCAUGUCUGCUGCAGAGAAGCUGUCUCAGAUUGCGUCCCUGGCCGUUCCUCGGGGCAAGGAGCCCAACAUUUACCACUGCAUUGAGCAGAGUUUUGCAGGGGAAGUUGGAGGUUCCGCACCUUCCAGCCAUGUAAAGCCAGUUUUUGAUCACAAUGAGUUCGAGGAAAGACUAUAUCCUCACCAGAAACUCUUGAAAAACAGGCCAGGUGUGCACCAGAAGCUCAUUGAGAACAGAGCUGCUCUGCACCAGAAGCUGGUGGAGAACAGCGUGCUCCUCAGAAACAAAUUGGCUGCCCUGGAAGAGCGUGACGGGCUGAAUUGUGUACUGGAAGAUGGGGAAUAUGGAGCAGCAGAAUUCAUCAGCUCAUUGAAGCAAGGUGCUUUGAAGGAGAAGGAGUACGAGCGUGGAAGAUGUAUUCGGGCUGAGCCGGGUCAAUCGAGUGCCACUGGUUUAAUCGUCGGCGAAGCCGGAGAUCCAUAUCCUCCGGGCUAUACUGAUUACGAAGGAGACAUGAUGAUAUUGCAUUCAAAAAGCAGAGGUCCGAAAGAAGGGAGGAGAUUUUCCACUUCAAGGAAGAGUUUUUCCGGUACUCCGUCCGAUAGGAAUGAGCCUCCCUUUCACUUCAUGGACAAGGGGUCCGGCAGCAGGGGAACUUCUGAUCGGAGGAAGCGGAGCUCAGAGAAGAGGAAGAGCAUUUCUACCAGUGAUUGUGGUUCCCCGGAGAUUGGCAAUGGCGCCAGCCAAAUUGUUAUGCUUGAACCCACUAGAAAAAUAGGUGGGAACACCACUAACAAGAGCAGUAGAAGCCAAGCUCUUAUCACUCAACAUUAUCAUCACCCAGUAGAAAUCGAAGAGAUCAAUUUGGCUUGCCCAGAGGCUAGUGUUACCGAUUUGAAUUUUCCCGACGAAGUCGGGACAACGGCUGAAGAGUGGGUGAGUGAAAGCCAGCAAAACGUGGCUUCAAUUACAUCUAACUCUCCUCUAAGCCUGCUAUGCGAUGAAGCUGUUCGAUCCAGUCUUGGUUGCGACGAAAGUUUGUCAUCGGAGGAUGCCAAUGAUGUACAAGACUAUGUGCACCCUGCCGAUGAUGAAGAGCAGCCUUAUCUUGCGGAAUGCGAGGACAACGUCCCAAGCGAGAGGUUGCAUCAAGUUGGAGACAAAAUUGCUACUGCCGGCUGGUUCAUGUCUGAGGGUGAAGGCGUAUUGCUCGCGCACGAUGACGGUUACUGUUCUUUUUACGACGUACUCAAUAUGGAGGGCAAAGCAAAUUACAAGGGCCCCGAAAAUCUUUCGUCCGGAACAUGGCGAGACUGCUGGCUCAUCAGAGCCGCUGGUCCCGACGGUACGUCGAACAAAUACAUUGUCGCCGCAUCUGCAGGCAGUGCGGUUGAUGCUGCAUUCUGUUCGUGGGAUUUUUACGACAGGAGACUCACCGCAUAUCACUAUGAGUCUUCGUCCGUACAUCCAUCUCCCAGCAAUUUCAGCUUCAAAAGUUCUGCGUCCAGCAGCCCUGAGCGACGGCGUGCCAUGUCCAGAGACAAGCAAAACGCAGGAUGUUUUUCUUGGUACAGUGGCUCUGAAAAUGGUCAACUUCUUAAAGGAAAAGCUCAAAGUAGACCCCUAACUGAUAUAAACUCGGGGGCUUCUUUUACGACGAGUUCUUUGGGCCGGUCCGAUAGUGAAUUCGCGGAUACACCUCUCUGGUGGUACAGGCCCAGUAGUCCUCUGGUCGCAGCUGCGGGUACGAGCUUGAAGACCGUUUCUCUCUACGAUGUUCGUGAUGGGGAUCUUGUAAUGAGGUGGGAUCUCAGUAAGUCGGUGGCUUGCAUGGACUUCUGCAGUCCAAUUCAGUGGCGAAAUAAGAGUAGGCUUGUUGUGGCGGAAGAUCAGGCUUUGAGCCUUUGGGAUGUAAAUGGGAUGACUCCCCACCCUGUGUUACAGAUUAACUUAAACGGGAAGCAAAUUCGUGCCCUCCACAUUCGCAAUUCCGACGCGGAAAGUGCUGGAGGUGUUCGGCAAAGGUUGAGUUCUCGAGACGGUCAGGCUGGAGAUGGUGUCCUUUGCACCGAAGGUGCAGUAAAUAUUUUGGACUUCAGAGUUCCAGCUGGUGUUGUGUUGAAAAUUCCCACAUUCGGGGCUCAGACUCACUCUGUUGCCAUUAAUGGGGAUCUGGUGUUUGCUGGAGUAACCGAGUCUAGCAACAGAUCCGUCCAUAACAGUGCCGAUGCUGAUGGAAUCGGAUCUUACAAGGAGAACGUACAAGCCAAAAUUCUGCAGUGGUCCAUUAAGCAAGGGAAGCCAAUGAGUGUCUACAAGUUUCCUCAGUCUGCUGCCCAUCAAGCACAACAGUCUAUAGCUCAGGUCUGGGGGAAUGCCGAUACUGUCAUGGGUGUAAACGGAAACGGUCUCUUUAUGUUCGAUGCCAUGAAGGGAGCAACGGUUGGAAGGGAGGGAGGACAAUCUGUUCGAGAAACUCUUGGUACAGAUGAUCUAUUUCAACCUUCAUUCGACUAUGCAGGCUGUAGGGUCUUGCUUAUAUCUCGAGAUAGGCCUGCAGCUUGGUGCCACUGGCUAUAAGGGUUCUGGCGCCUGCAGGGGUCAUGUUUCACUCCACCUUCACCGCUCUUCUCAACGAACGGCUGGGUAUGUACUUCAAGGAGACGGAAGAUUUGUGAAAGCGCAGAUAAUGGCAAGAACCUGGGCGUUGUCACUGUUAGUCAUCUCGGAUUACUUCAGUUUCUUCUGUUCACCUUCAUCACAAGCUACUUUCUUUUAAUGAAUUUCUUGUAUAGACGAGCGACCGACGCAUAUCCACGUGAUCGAUUUCAGCAGGUUGAAAGCAAGGCAGGGUAGCAAGAAGAUCGGCCACUCUCGACUGAGUCACGGACUGGGUUCCUCCAUGGAUAUUUAACAAACUUGUUCUUUUGAUGGCCGGGGAAUACGUGUCCCGCUGCAUCAUUGCAACCGUUUCGCUGAGAAAAAACAGAGGCGCUAGCUGUGCAUUUCUGAACUCCGAGUCUCCGGUAGUAGGCUUGGUCUUUGAUGAUUGUCUGGACAGGCUUAUCACUGAGAAAGUAGCUGUCUUUAUUGGGAAGUUCCAGCGGCGAUUCUGCUUGCCUGGCAUGGACUACCGUUGGACAAUCGGUGGAAUUGUACAUCAGCUGGUUAACCCGUAAAUUGUUAAAAAAGUACUAUGUAUAACCAGACAGCCUUCCCAACAUGUCAGAGGAGACUACUUUUUGAGUCUUCUACUCUUCUACUUCUUCCUUUCUGUUAUUCUAGGUGCUUCAUUCUCUCGCGCCUCAGUCGAGCUUCACCCAGGCUUUUAAUUCCUCUCUGAUCGCCGUAAAAGGCGUUCAUGGCCGCAAUCAAAAGUAUUCAUGGGAUUACGAGGUGGCUAGGUUGAGGCCUGUUGUAGUGGAAUUUGGGAGAAGGAUACGGGGCGGAGAGAUGUGUUUUCUUGCAAUGCAGUUGAUGAGAAAUGCCGAACCGAUGGGGGCAAUUCCAUUGAACAGGAUUCCGCCUCUUGGUUUUAUAUGUAGAGCUGGCCAACGAGCUGGUGCACGGUCUCAGAGGAUCGUCCACCAGCUGUUCUAUGAUUCGACCAGCAGCUUCUAUUUAUGCAACUGUUAGUUGAUGAAUUCGAGCUCGUGCGGAUGGCGGCUCGUAUACUGUACUCAUGCUACGGGUAGUUUUCAUAAUUCUUUUGGUCAGGCUGACUUUACCCUAUCCGAGCUCUCGGACAAGCUCGGAGCUGCUUUUCUCGACCAUUGGCUCUACGUUGAAAUGUCUGCUGGAACCUCAUGAUUUCUUGAUACUGCAAGCUUCCUCAUGUAGUCUUGUAACAGUUUUCGACGGAGCAAAUUCGCAGUUCUGCUUCGUCUGGCCACAGUGGUAGGUGUAGCAGUAUUUAAUUCUUAGCGCCAUGUUUAGAUAAUAGUAGGGAGACGAUAUUCCACUUGAUAGCGAAGGGGCAGCAGUGUAGAGCACCAUCGGUCAUGGAUGUUUAUAUGGGAGGACUUUAAAAAUGUGAAUAGCUUCAGGUUCAAACUUUGCUUGCCCUUGGGAGCAGCUCUCCAUGAGCUCUUUUCAGAAUCGCGGGUUUCGUAUCGUGUUGCCACGUCUUAUCAAUACAACAGAGAGCGUAUGAUGGGCGGUCAUCGCAGACGUUGGAACCUUAUGUUUUGUCAUUAAGUUCAAGUUGAAGAUAAGCUAGAGUGUGAUCUAACUUGAGACGUUGUGGGUACUGUAUUGGAGUUGCUGAAGUAGGAGUUAUG